UGGGCAGCAGAGGCUGGCUGGGCCGGCACUCACCCUCGAUCCACCUGCCCUGUAAUGGUAGUCUAUCAGUAGUAGGUUCCAGGUUCCCCGGGGCAUGUAGGCAGAGUUAGCGGCUGCCCGGUGUUGGGAGCCACAAGCGCUCCAGGAACUCUAGGGGCUUCUCUAUCUGCGGUGCUGGCUCCCGUGGAGAUGCUCAACUGACAGCAGAGCUAGUGAGGACCAGAACGCUCCCUUUCGACCCAAUUCCACUGCGCCCAUGGCUCUGCCGGCCAGUCUGUUGCCCCUGUGCUGCUUGGCACUCCUGGCACUGUCUGUCCAGAGCUGCGGGCCGGGCCGCGGACCGGUCGGCCGGCGGCGUUACGUGCGCAAGCAGCUUGUGCCUCUGCUGUACAAGCAGUUUGUGCCCAGUGUGCCCGAGCGGACCCUUGGCGCGAGUGGGCCAGCGGAGGGGAGGGUAGCAAGGGGGUCCGAGCGCUUCCGCGACCUCGUACCCAAUUACAACCCCGACAUAAUCUUCAAGGAUGAGGAGAACAGCGGGGCUGACCGCCUGAUGACGGAGCGUUGCAAAGAGAGGGUGAACUCUCUGGCUAUUGCGGUGAUGAACAUGUGGCCAGGAGUGCGCCUGCGUGUGACUGAAGGCUGGGACGAGGACGGUCACCACGCUCAGGACUCACUCCACUACGAAGGCCGUGCCUUGGACAUCACCACGUCCGACCGUGACCGCAAUAAGUAUGGUUUGCUGGCGCGCCUAGCCGUGGAAGCCGGCUUCGACUGGGUCUACUACGAGUCCCGAAACCACGUGCACGUGUCCGUCAAAGCUGAUAACUCACUGGCGGUCCGAGCGGGCGGCUGCUUUCCGGGAAAUGCCACGGUGCGCCUGCGGAGCGGCGAGCGGAAGGGCCUAAGGGAACUCCAUCGCGGUGACUGGGUGCUGGCCGCGGAUGCAGCGGGCCGGGUGGUGCCCACGCCGGUGCUCCUCUUCCUGGACCGGGACUUGCAGCGCCGCGCCUCCUUCGUGGCUGUGGAGACCGAGCGGCCUCCGCGCAAACUGUUGCUCACACCCUGGCAUCUGGUGUUUGCAGCUCGCGGGCCAGCGCCCGCUCCAGGUGACUUUGCACCGGUGUUCGCGCGCCGCUUACGCGCUGGGGACUCGGUGCUGGCUCCCGGCGGGGACGCGCUCCGGCCGGCUCGCGUAGCCCGUGUGGCGCGCGAGGAAGCCGUGGGCGUGUUCGCACCGCUCACUGCGCACGGGACGCUGCUGGUUAACGACGUCCUUGCGUCCUGCUACGCGGUCCUGGAGAGUCAUCAGUGGGCCCAUCGCGCCUUUGCCCCUUUGCGCCUGCUGCACGCGCUCGGGGCGCUGCUCCCCGGGGGUGCAGUCCAGCCGACUGGCAUGCAUUGGUACUCUCGACUGCUUUACCGCUUGGCGGAGGAGUUAAUGGGCUGAGCGUCGGAGCACAGAAGUCCUCCAAGCUCUGGACGAAACCGAAGACGAGACAUGCUAAGAUCUGGGGAUGUGGGCAGCUGGUGAUGCUGAUUGGGAGAGUGGGUGGGGAACGAGAGGAAGAAAAGAAGGACUGUACUGGAACUCCUUGGUUUAAGAGCAACUUUUAGCUGAGAGGAGUGGUCCCCGGGUCCUUGAUAACCGGGUUUGCUGGUAGGCACUCUUUAAUGAGGGCUUUUUUUUUUUUUAAAUCUUCUGCAGUGCCUCAGUCCCACCCGAUAAUUUUAUUUUCUAUUUAUAAAUUGUAAUAUAAUGAUCUGCUGGCCCAGCCCACCAAGGUGAGGACCUGGAGUGGGGCGUUAACACUGACACAGCCAGCCAAUCUGACGUCUCACACUUACAUUUUCCUGCAGGUGGCUUAAUAAAGGGAAGGCUUAUUGGAAAGCACCUUCACUCAGAGGCACUUCACCGCCAAAGAGCGGGAGAAUGGGGAUUAACCAGAAUCAACACCUUCCGUCCAACCAACCCUCCCUUCUUCCUCAGCAGGGCCUUUCAAACUCUUUUGUUUCAGAGGGUAAUCCGAACCCAUCAGCAACAGACCAGAAAUGUCCUGCCCUUUUUUUGGUACUGGUCCUACCCCCAGCUGGGACUGGUACUGUGCUUAUGAGUAUAUAUACCAACUUGAGGGUGGAGGUGGGGCUUACCGAGGGAGCCUGAAGAUUGAUGCUCAAAGCAUUUGGAGUCUUCUUUUUUAUGUAAAUUUUAAAAUUCAUUUUACAUACCAACCACAGAUCCCCCUCUCAUCCCUCCUCCUGCUCCCUGCAUUUGGAGUCUUCUAUUAGCUGUUCUGGCCUAUCCCUGUAGACUGAAUCAGCCCAGCUGCCAUCCUGCCUGCUGAUGAAGUGGUCUGAUUCUUUUUUUUUUUCCUAGGAUUUUGCUAGGCCAACUUAGGAACUAUGCGUGUUCCUUACAGUCCACACACAUUUGUGGCCCAAACAAAAACUCUAGAGUGACCAAGAAUGGUGGCACAUGCCUGUAAUUCCAACACUCUGGAGAUGGAGAAAGGACAACCAGGAGGACCAUGAGUUCAAGGCUAACUGGGCUUAAUAGUGGGGGGGCGGGGCAGGAGAGGACAGGUUUUGGCUUGGGUGUAUCUGAGGGAGACAGGCUCCUCUGUUAGGCUCUAGCGUUACAGUGUGAGUUUCUUCCCUAAGUCCUGGUGAUGGUUCUGCCAAUUUUCCAACCCCUUCCUUCCCUUUUCUGGUUGCUGACUGUGCUUCUUUGGUGUGGGUGUUUUGGGGAAUCUUUGGAUUCCAACAUGGCAGACACCUGAAAUGCAGGUAGAUUGAUGUCCCUGAGCUAGGAAUGCGCAGGUGGGCCUCCUCUGGAAGUAGAGUAAGUAGGAUCCAAGGGAUGGUCAAGAGUGGUUGGUAUUUCCAGGGACUGGGCCCAAGCCUGCUACAUCUAUGUUGCCAGAAAGAUUGGCUCUGUUCUGAGCAUCUGAGUCCAGCCUAUGUGUACGCUGCCCUCUGGUGGCAUUAGGGAGAAUUCUAAGCCUAGGCACAUAGGCAAACAGUCCCCCCACCCACUACCACCACCACCACUCCUCCCCUUUCUCUGUCUCUCUGUCUCUCUGUCUCUCUCUCUCUCUCUCUCUCUCACCGGACUUGCUCACAGGAACCAUGUCCCAGAAGGCAGAACUGACGCCCGGGACUUGUUAAGCUUUUAGCACUGUGCCACUGUGUCCGGAGACGGUGAAGGACCUGCUUGCUUCUCUUUCAGUCCUUGGCAGUUUUACAGCCCUGUGCCUAGUUCAGCUCUGUGGCUCUGGGAAGCCAGAGGUAUAGGUAACGGUGUAGACUUUCUCAUGUCCCUCACUCUGGUGACCCUCAAAUCUUGUGGUCCAGAGGUAAAAGUAAAUAAGAGUUCCAAAUAGUGCCUGAUGAAGGCCCUCCCAUUCACCAAUGUCCUCAGUCUACAUUCUCCGAGUACCCAUUACCACCCUGCCUUCCUUCUCCUUGUCUCAGAGACACAUCCCAAACAAUAGCCUUUUCUGCUUUCUUUCCCUACUCUUGUCCUGCUUCUCGAAGACCUUGGUACCUUCUGUCUUAUCACCCUGUGAUGAGCAACCUGAUAAGCUAAUUAGUCUUUGUGUGUCGCUGGGCAACCUGUGUUUACUACCUUUCCUAAGUAUGACAUGUAUCUAAACUGCUGAGACUAAGGCCUUUAACCAGAAAACCAUAAUGACUGCCUGGGAAACUAGCUCAGUAGCAGAGCAUUACGCUAGUGUGCACAGAGCCCAAGGUCAGUCCCCAGCACCACUCAGAUGACUAUGUAUGUAUUUGGGGAUAAGGAGAAGAGCCCGGUUAUCAUUAAAUCGCAUUCUGUAGGUUACUUCCCAGGCUUGAGGUUCACCUUCCCCCCCUCUAACAUCAUCCCUUGAGGCCCCUCCCAGCUAUCUAAAAAAAUACCCUCUGUCUGCAAACAGGUCAAUGCACCAUCUGCUUGAAGCAGGCGGGCACACUAACUUGCCACAGAGCACCUUCCAAGUGCAGCAACUCUUUCCAACACGGGAACUGCGCAAACAUUGUCCAUUCUUUGCAUUUUUUUUUUCUCAUUGCUGCGCUGCAGUCUGCUGUCUAUACUCCACUAAAUGCAAGAUUUAGGGGUUGAAUUUUGUUUUGAUUUUCAAGCUGGGCACGGUAGCUGGUGUCCAUAAUCCCAGCACUGAAGCUAAGACAGGAGGAUCCUCUUGUGUUCGAGGGCAGCCUGGGUUACCUAAUGAGAGCCAGCU